AAGUGUGACUGGACUGUUGCAUGCUUGCGAGCGCUAUUUGAUAUACCGACCGUGUACGAAUUGAACGGCUAGUUGAGCAGCAACGAAUAACUCCAAUGUUCCCUGGCACGGGCGAGCUACCUUGCAAGAACAUGUCAGACGAAGCAAACUGCCCUUCUCCGCCGCCAGCACGCGACUGGCUUCGGCGGAAGGGAUCAACGCUAGCUGCGCUGCAGCGAUGAAUCCCUCCUCUUGUUGCCAACGCUGUUAGUAAUUUCUAAAACAGAGAAGAGAAGGGAGGUAGAAGAGCCAUUGGCAGUGAAGGAGCCAAACCGAAAACAAGGAGCUCGACUUUGGAAAGAAGGAACUGUCAGCGCUCUUCAUCAGGCUGAGUUUUCAUAAAGGAAACCCCGUGACAGGCGAGCGACAGGGGUUCAUCUGGGGAGGGCACACAGUGGCGACCGACUGCCCAACACUACAGUUGGAUCAAGAGGCUGAAGUCACACCUCGUGAAGCGUCGUCCGGUCAGCCACAAUGCGGCGUAUACACACACUCGUUGGUAUCGCCAGCGUUCUCCUGUUGGUGGAGCGCCACCGUUACCUUCAGGCCGACGCACGAUCUCUACCGACAUCGGACGGUGCAGCGGUGGCUGCAAUGGCAGUAGCGGAAGACCCUGACAAAUUUGAACAGCACACUGGCGGCGAGAUUCCCGUGCAGGACGCGGGCCAGGCGGCGGCAAACGACCCGGACACCAUGCUGCUGGUGAACUACGCACACGGUGAAGGGGAGUCUGGCAUGGAGACGAAAGCGCCGCAUCGCUUCUCCGUGGCCGACCUCUACCCCGGUGACGGCAGCGUGCCGAAAUCAGACGCCCUGCAGGACAUUAUGAACGUUGAGAUGAAGCGCAUGGAGGGUCUCUUGGGUCAUUUUCCUGAUGAGAAUGAAACGGGCGCGGACGCAGGGCGUGGGAACGAACGCACCGUCGUACACGUGGUUCCUGUGGUUGGCGCAGCGGGUGACUACAAGCCAGGGAUGCCAUCCAGUGUGGACGUGUACGAACUGAAUGCACCUGUGCUGGCCAGGACUCUGGCAGACAAUGAGCCAACAUCGCCAUCACACCACAGCUCUUCACUGAGCAGUGUGACCGAUCGCAGCCCAGCUGAUGCGUUAGAUGCUGUUCACGAUCAGAGUGGUCGCAUCGUACGUCCUGUGAGCUAUGCUGUAGUUCCCGGUUAUAGUGGAAGUAACAGCAAUAAUAGAAGCGACACCACUACCACCAGCAGGUCCGCCACCACAAGUGCCAGCAGCAGUAGUAUUACCACUGUGGCAACUGACAGCAACAACAAUAGCACCACCACCAGCAGCAGCAGCAGUAGCAGCACUGCCACCACCACGGCCAGCAACAACAACAGCGUCGCCACCACCAGCAGUAGAAGUACAGCCACCAUGGUUGCAGCCAACAUCAGCAACAGUGUCAACAGCAGCGAAAGCUCUGGACUGGCCGAGGCGACAACUACAGCAUCCAACAGCACGGUAACAGCUAUGCCCUCUGCUCUGCCAUCAGCGACAACGAAUAGCAGCAGUAGCAAUGGUAGGACUAACAGCCUGCCGCAAACCCCAGCGCCAGGCAACCGAAGCACAGAACCGGUAGAUGCCUCCAGCACGCAAGCUCCCACUCCAACGACCACCGCAGCACCAGGAAUGUCAACUAGUGAUCCUGUGACUGCAUCCACCCAGCAGCCCUACCCACUCGUGAAACUCAUCGAGGUAAUUCACUACGAACCUGAACUCAUAGUUAUAGCUAACGAGCAAGCGAAUGCCACCUCUAAACCACUGCCCAGCCAUCACACCAUUGCCACUACUACUGCGAGUGCAACGCCAUUACCCAGUGUAACAAGCACCAACGACGUUCACCUAUCGCAUGCCACUAGCAGCAGUGUGCAGAUUCUCUCACAAUCACCUGAUCACACAGUUGAUGAGAUGAAUAACAGCUCUGAAGCUGCGGCUGCUGCCAGUCAUCCAGACAAUACGCUUAUGGACGAACAACACAACCAAAGCAUUGACAGCACUCCAGGGCCUACGCCACCCAGCUCAACUGGCAUCGAAGAAACUCAUCCUUCGAAUGGCUCUCCCGUACAGCAUUACCCGAACCAUCCGGCCGUGAAUGAGAUUGGUCAGAAGUCUGAUACCAUAGCCACUGCAUACCUUCAAGACAACACGACCGUUCAAAAAGACAGUGCUGUAGCUACAGAUACCCCACCAGAUACCACAUCUGCAAGCAUGCCCACUAAUCAAUAUGCUCAUCCUUCAAAUGGCUCUCCUGUACAGCAUUACCCGAACCAUCCGGCCGUGAAUGAGAUUGGUCAGAAUUCUGAUACCAUAGCCACUGCAUACCUUCAAGGCAACGCGUCCGUUCAGACAGACAGUGCCGUAGCUACAGCCACCCAGCCAGAAACCGCACCUGCAAGCAUGCCCACUGAUCAAUAUCCGCUGCAUAGCAGUACUACGGAUGGUCUAGAAGCCCAGCUGCACCACUACCCGCACCUCAAGGUGAUCAAAGACGUUCGCAAUGAUCCGCAGGCCACAGGCAAUGCUGACCUGCAAGAGUGGCCAACAAGGCAGACAAUGUCACCAGUGACUGGUGGUCCUGUUCAGAAUGUAGGCAUCAGUCCCCAUGGCAACGUGCCGCAGGUCCCGACUGCACCACCUGUGCACACUGCAGAACAACAUGUGCAUGAUCAACCGACCGUAGCGACCGGUGUUGGCAUGACAACUGCUGUUUCCACGAGUGCCGACACUGUGUUUAGUGCGGCAAAGCCUGAACCUGCUACACCGCUCCGGUUUCUCGUAGCAUAUCCGAUACCAAAGAAACACCUGUCAGAGGUGAAUACCGUCGUUGCGACUCCAGCUAGCGCAGCCGCUCCUUCACCAAGUAUGGUCACAAGCAAUGGUGCAACUCGGCUAGCCCAUACUUCGCUGGUCGUUUCCCAGGCAACGGCUAGUUCUGUGAAAAAUGAAUCCAAUGUAAGCGCUGCUCCGUCCGGCACUACUCUGCCGCCGGCCUCGGAGGAUGUUCAUACCGGUGCUGACUCGAGUCUGGACAUGCAACAAGCAGGAGCAGAUCGUAGUGCCAUGCCCACUCGGCAAUCUAUUGUGGAUAGCUAUUCACGUCACGCUGAUGUCACCCAGAGCUCAAUGCUCUCCAUCACCAGCCCCAGCCUGGCCACUGUGGAUUACGCCCAAGCCGUCGGGCCACAUCCUCCUCCACCGCUGGCCGGAGAGAACCCCGCCGUGACUGUGCAGCCAGCAGACACAGGGAAUUCCCCUGGCGCAACGCCCUCAACAGGAACAGUGGGGUCUUCUGACGUGCCACCAGCAGACAUGGGGAAAUCCGCUGACGCAACACCAUUACCGGGAACAGUGGGUUCUUCUGAUGUGAUAGCAGCAUUGCCAUCAUCUGGAGGGGUAGAAGAACAGGAGGUGGAUCACGGUAAUGCAACGAUCGUAAUUGAUCCCGAUAUGAUGAAUGACACCAACACGACUGACAUCGAACCCCAGAGCAUUGCCGAGCUCGACCAGAUGACAGACACUGGCAUGGUGGCAGCCGAGAGAGAAGCAGAAGCGGAGGAGACGGCGGAGAAGAUUCCACACGAUUGGAAGCCGGGCGACAAGCGAAGGAGCGUAUUCAAGGGUCUGGCGUCGCUGCGCAGUGCGGUCGCUCAGUUCGUAGCUCCAUACCUGCCCCAGCGAGGCGGCAAACGGCGCAAGCUGUCUCAGGACGGAAAGCUUGGCGUCAAGCUACUCGACAAACUUGGCUUGAGGAAGAUCGGCGAGAAGUUAUCCGAGAAACUGGAAGAGGCGAAUUCCAACGAUACCAGUGAUGGUGAUACCGAGCCUGAACAGCAGCAGCAGCUCAACCAGUAUUCCGGCGAAGGCACUGUGAUCGGUGCGAUUGAUCUCCGUCAGCCGUUCCCACAGCGUUUCGCUGCACAGCAGGCACCGGACGCGGCGCGCGUUCCCCGCCAGUAUACGACGCAGGGGCUCCCGUCGGCGACCGGUUUCGGCUCUCCCCAGCAGCAAGGGCCCGCAGCCGCACGCAUACACGGCGUCCAGCAGCAACAGCAACAGCAGCAGCCACAGAGUGUGGCCGACAAGCUUAGUCAGCUGCUCAUGCACCCGUUAGUGCAGCAGGCCAUCGACAGCGUGCUGCACCCACCGUCGCCAGGCCAGGUGAUCCCCGGCGCCGCCACCACUCAGGACAGCAUGCCGAAAAUCUACCGAGAUCUUCUGGAAACGGGGCACGUCAGCGGCAGGAUCCUACCACAGCCAGUCAGUCACGCAGAUACGAUCAGCUCUCGGCGUCCCGAUCAUCGUCCGCCUGUCGGUACCGCCGCCGGCGGCGAUUCCAACCCGUAUAAGUUCUUUCCGGACUCGCAGCGCUUCCGCUCCUACCCGCAGAACGCCCAGCGACGCCUGGCGCAGCAGCAGAGGGUACGCGGCAUGGCCAUCGCGGGGAGAGCUCCGGGACGAGCUGCGCUCAAGCGGCCGGGUCCGGGUCCGCAUGCCUGGCCCGCCGUGUCGCAGUCGCAGAGCAGACACGGCCAGCAGCUGAUCCAGCGUCAAGGCUCCGCAUCCUCGCUGCUCCACGGCAGCGGCAGCUCGAGUCGACGGAACACGGUCCCGGCUCACCGCAUGCCGUACCACGACCUGCGGCACAGCGUGUUCGACAUACCGGGCACGAGAUGGAGGAACUACGACACGCGCUUCAACAACCUGCCCGUCGCGCAUCGCCUGUUCGCGCCCGUGCCGGGGCAUCGCCUGAGCAACUUUGACCGCACUCCGCAGAUGUCCGAGCGCCUGGGCUACAUGAUGCACCACCGGGCACGGAGCGCUGUGCCGUCAAUAGUGCACCAAUCACCGGCCGUGCUGCAGCAACACGUCAUUGACGCCGGGCAUCUUCAGCACCAACAUCGAGUUGCUGAUUCUCUGGCGGCCGACGUGCAGCAGCGAACCCUGGCGGCCGCGGUGCCUCGCACUGCUGCCCUGGGAGGAGGUGAGGCGGCACGUCAGGCACAGAACACUCUCACCGACGGCCUGCAGCUGGGCAACGAGGAGUCGCUCGUGCAGGAUGCGCUGGACACGGCCAUGCGGGACAUUCCACUCGACGUUCUCGUCUAGCCCGGCACCUGCUCACGUGACUGUACACGACUGCCGAUAACAAGACCGACGUAUGAACUGCGUUGGCGAACUUGAACAAGAUAGGAUACAUGGCCAACUGGUACACGUACUUGUCUCCCCCCCCCCCCCCCCCCCCCGAUAUUCAACUUAGAUGAGUAUUACAGUAUCUAUUAGUAUAGGGCUAGGCUGAAGCAACCUGGAAGCGCAAACGUAUAAGCUAGGUAGCAGCGAACAAUGAUCACUUUAGGACAUCAUUAUUCUGAACAAUUUUAUAGGAGGCGCUUUGCUAUUUUUGCGUCAUGGUGACUUGAUAUUUGGCAUUCCAUUGGUGACGUUGCAUAUUGAAUUAAUUUGGUUUUCUUGUAACAUACUUGUUUUGGCCUUUUGUAACGUCUUUGCUUUGUACUUAUUCUUAACAAUACUAUCAUGUCCAUGUAUAAUGUACAAAGGAACCUGAGAAACGCAGUCUGUUGUAAGGGCUCAGUUUGGAGGUCACACCCUGGCCUUGUAUGUGUGCGCAGUGCCCAGGUGCUGGCGAUUGGAGUUCGCCAAGUGAGGCUCCUCGAAUCUGUAUAAUUUUGCACUGCCCCAGGCGCUAGGCACACAACAUGCACACCACGUUUUGGACCAGAAUACAUGGAGGAAUGGCUUCCAUGAACGCCAGGAGACCAAUGUCUAUUGAAUAUACUG